AUGUCUCAAGCUAUUGGAAAUACCGCUCUUGCCUAUGCCCGUGUAUGGCAUGUUGUUGAUGCUAAACAAAGAGUGAUGGGUCGUUUAGCAACCAACAUUGCAACUACUUUGAUGGGAAAGCACAAGCCUAUCUAUGACCCUGCUGCUGAUUGUGGAGACUACGUUGUCGUUUUGAACGCAAAGGACAUUUUAGUUUCUGGAAAAAAGGCCGAACAAAAGUUAUAUCGUCACCAUACUAUGCACCCUGGUGGAUUGAAGGAAAUCACAUUUGAAAACUUACAAGCAAAGGACGCAACAGAGCCUCUCCGUAAAGCAGUUUCUGGCAUGUUACCAAAAAAUAAGCUUCGUCAAGUGCGUAUGGAUCGUUUAAAGAUUUUUGAAGGAAGCGAACAUCCCUAUGAAGCCAAUAUUAUCAAGCAACACGGUGUUACCAAUGAAUAG